AUGAACCUGGCAUCAGGAUCAACAGCCUUGCCACUAUUUCCCACAACCCAACAAUCUUCAACACCAUCUUCACCAUCAUCACAGACACCACAGUCAUCCUCACCAUUCAUGGCACCAUCUUCAACAGUCCCACUAUUGUCAUCAUCAUCAUCUUCUUCUUCAACACUAUCAUCUACACCAUCUUCAACACCAACAUUAACAUCACUGUUAUCAUUAACAUCUUCAAUAACACCAUCUUCACCAUCCUCAGCCCCACUAUUAUCAUCAUCAUCACCUUCUUCUUCUUCAACUCUAUCAUCUACACCAUCUUCAAUACUAUCAACAACACCAUCCUUAUCAUCUUCACCAAGCUCACCUCAUCAAUCCUCACCAUCAUCACUACUACCCUCAUCAUCUUCGCCAUCAACACUAGCAAUAACUCCACCAUCUUCAUCAUCACUACUAACUCCAGAAUCAUUUUCAUCAUCUUCAACAUCACCAAUGUCAUCAUUAGCAGCCUCAUUAUCAUCACCAACCACAAUGUCUUCAUCAUCCUCACCAUCUAGAUCAAUAAGACCCUCUUUAUCUUCACCAACCUCAGCAGAAUCAAUGUUAUCAUCCACACCAUCUUCAUCACUACCAUCAACAUCAUUCCCACAAACUCCAUCAGCAUCUUCACCACCUUCACGAUCACCAACAUUGCCACCAUCUUCAUCACCAACCGCAAUGUUCCAAACAACAACCUUGUCAUUUUCUUUAUCAUCUUCCUCAUCCUUACCAUCAUCAAUAAAUUCACAGCAUUCAUCACCAACAUUAACACCAUCGUUAUCAUCAUCAUCUUCAGUACUAUCAUCUUCACCAUCCUCUUAUUUACCAUUCUCAGCACCAUCGUCAUCAGUCCCACUAUUGUCAUCAACAACCACAGCAGCACAGUCCGCAUUAAUAGCAACUUCUACAUCAUAUUCCUUACCUUUACCAUCAUCAGCAAACUUACAGCCUUCAUCACCAUCCCCACCAUCUUCACCACCAACAUUAACACCGUCAUCAUCUUCAAUAUUAUCAUCUAAAACAUCAUCAUCUUCAGCAUCCUCAACAUCUUUAUCAGUCUCAUUAUUGCAAUCAUCAACAACGCCAUCUUCAUCAGUCCCACUAUCAUCAUCAUCAAUAACUCUAGCAGCACAACCCUCACUAUCAGCAACCUCAACAUCAUCUUCCUCAUCCAUACCAUCAUCAGCAAACUCACAGCCUACAUCGCCAUCCCCACCAUCUUCAUCACCUACAUUAACAUCUUCAUUAUCAUCAACAUCAUCUUCAAUAAUGUCAUCUCCACCAUCCUCAUCAUCUUCACCAUCCUCAGCACCAUCUUCAUCAGUCCCACUAUCGUCAGCAUCAUCUUCUUCAAUGUUAUCAUCUACACCAUUUUCAUCACCAAAAUUAUCAGUGCAAUCAUUUUCAACCCCACAAUCUUCAUCAUCAAUCUCAACAUCACCACCUGCACCAACUACAACAUCCUUCUCAUCAUCAUCAUCAUCAUCAAUAACCUCAUUAUCAGAUGCCCACACUUGUAAAAACUCACAGAAGCUGAACUCCCCAACACAGUUCUGCUAUUUGACCACUAGAGGGCACAUCAACAGCCUUGCCACUAUUUUCCACAUCCCAAUGGUCUUCAUCACCAACCCCACCAUCAUCACAGACCUCACCACAGUCAUCAGCCUCACCAAUCAUGAUGCCAUCUUUACAAUCUUUGCCAUCUACGUCACCAACCAGACACUCUUCAUCUUCACCAAGCUCAGCAAAAUCAACAUUAUCAUCCACACCAUCAUCAUCACCAAUGUCACCAUCUUCAUCAAACUCAACACAACCUAUAUCAUACUUACCACCUUUAACAUCACCAACUAUACAACCUUAUUCACCAUCAUUACCAACCACAACACUGUCAUCAACAACCACAUUUCCAUCAUCCAAACCAUCACCAUUGUCACAACCUUCUAUAUCCUCACCAUCAUCAUCACCACUGACCUCACCACCAUCCUCCUCUAA